AUGGUGUUCCUUCUAGGAGUCAAUUUCAACGAGGGCAAGCUCGUCAAGAAAGCCCUCGAGUCCUUCUACGCGCUUGGCCCGACCGUCUCCAGCCGCAUCAUGGCCAAGUACUCGAUCCACAAGCUCGCAAAGGUCGGCGCCCUGGCCCCGAGGACCGUCACCUCCCUGACGGCCGAGCUGUCCCAGAUGACGCUCGGGACGGACGCCAAGAGGCUGGUGCAGGAAAACAUUCGCAGGCUAAAGGACAUUGGAUCCUACCGCGGUAGACGCCACGCCAUGGGUCUGCCGGUGCGCGGCCAGCGGACGAGGACGCAGACGGCGACUGCCAACAGGCUCAACCGGAUCGAACGCAGGUCAUGA